CCAAUCAGCGGCGGCGGCUGUUUGCUCCGGAGGACGGAUAAAAACCCCGGGUGGGAGCGCGGCGGCGGCGCGGAGCGGGGGGUGCGGCGCAGAGUUGAGAUUCUAGACCAGGGCCAUCUAACCAGGCAGCGAUGGCACCGACCCUUGCUACCGCCCAUCGCCGGCGCUGGUGGAUGGCAUCCACAGCCAUCGUUGAGAACCUGCUCUUCUCUGCUGUCCUGCUGGGCUGGGGGUCCCUCCUCAUCAUGCUGAAAGCAGAAGGGUUUUAUUCUUACCUGUGUGAUGAGUCAGAAAACAUCACCAGCGGCCCUCAGUAUGACAACAGCACAGAUUCAGAGCACAAAUGGCCUUCCUGCAAUGCCCAGGAUGAAAUGCUGAACUUGGCCUUCACCAUUGGGUCCUUCCUGCUCAGUGCAAUCACACUGCCCCUGGGAAUUGUCAUGGACAAGUAUGGCCCUCGCAAGCUGCGGCUGCUUGGCAGUGCCUGCUUUGCUGUGUCCUGUGUGCUGAUUGCCUAUGGUGCCAGUAACCCAGACUCUCUGUCUGUGCUGAUCUUCAUUGCGCUGGCUCUGAACGGCUUCGGUGGGAUGUGCAUGACCUUCACCUCGCUCACGCUGCCCAACAUGUUCGGCGACCUUCGUUCCACGUUCAUUGCUCUGAUGAUUGGCUCCUAUGCUUCCUCUGCUGUGACUUUUCCAGGAAUCAAGGUUAUAUAUGACUUUGGGGUCUCCUUCAUCCUUAUUCUACUUGUCUGGGCAAGCUGUGCAGGACUAGUUUUCCUCAACUGCUUCUUCAACUGGCCACUGGAGCCUUUCCCAGGACCAGAAGACAUGGACUAUUCGGUGAAAAUAAAGUUCAGCUGGCUGGGAUUUGACCACAAAAUCACUGGGAAACAGUUUUACAAGCAAGUAACAACUGUGGGGCGCCGUCUCAGUGUGGGGAGCUCCAUGAAGGGCCCCAAGGAGCCAGCAGCCUUGCAAGAAAACAACAAGCUCUGCCUCUCUACAGUGGACCUAGAAGUGAAGUGCCAACCUGACAAUGCAGCUACUCCCUCCUUCAUGAAGAGUGUCUUCAGUCCCAUCUUGUUGCUCAGCCUUAUCACCAUGUGUGUCACUCAGCUUCGGCUCAUCUUCUACAUGGGAGCCAUGAAUACAAUCCUUGAGUUUCUGUCUGGAGAUAAGGAUCAAGUGGCUCUCUACACUUCCAUUUUUGGGGUAUUGCAACUGCUGUGCUUGCUGACAGCUCCUGUGAUCGGCUACAUCAUGGACUGGCGAAUGAAAGAGUGCGAUGAUGGCUCAGAGGAGAAUGAGGAGAGCAACGCUGAGCAAAGCGACAAGAAAAAGAAAAAGCGUGACCGGCAGAUCCAGAAAAUUGCCAAUUCCACCAAUGCCUUUGCCUUCACAAAUGUCCUGCUGGUUGGAUUUGGAAUCACCUGUCUUAUUCCUAAUCUACCUUUGCAGAUCCUUUCCUUCAUUUUGCACACAAUUGUGAGAGGAUUUAUCCACUCAGCUGUGGGAGGACUCUAUGCAGCUGUAUACCCCUCUACUCAGUUUGGCAGCCUGACAGGGUUGCAGUCGCUCAUCAGUGCCCUUUUUGCCCUUCUGCAGCAGCCUCUUUUUAUGGCAUUGACAGGACCUUUGGAAGGAGACCCUCUCUGGGUGAAUGUUGGCUUGCUUGGUUUGAGCUUCCUGGGUUUCUGCCUUCCAAUCUACCUGGUCUGCUACAGGCGCAGGUUAGAGAGAGAAAAACAACAGAAGAUGGAGGAUGCCAAACUUUUCUUCAAAAUCAAUGGCACUCCCAACGAGGAAGCCUUCGUCUAAACUGGUGCUGCAAACACAACCUCCCCUGUACAGGUUCCUACCACAUCCGUGGGUUCUACCUGUGGUGUAAGCCAGGGAUUUUUCUCUCCUGGCUCUGCCAGUCUUUGCUCAUCACUGGAUGGCUGGACAUCAUGACUGGGCUUUCCUCAGCUGUAUGGCAGGAGGAGACUUCUCACUCCUUACUCCAGAACACAGGACACUUCUUUUUUUUUUUUUUUUUUUUUUUAAUUAUAAAGGCCACACAGAUGUUGUGUCUUAAAUUAUCCCCUGAUCACACUCUCCAGCAGCAGUCUCUGCAUAGGAAACUGGGGAGAGAAGGAAGAAAGGGAUGGGGGAAGAGGGAAGAAAGACCAUAAAUGAGUUUGCAAAUGUAAUGCACUGAAGUCUGUGUGCUUCCCCUCCUCCCCCAGCCUUGGCUGACGCUGUCUCAGAUGCAAGCUUCACUCUUUUCCCUCCCUGAGGCUUCAUAAUGGUCUUUCUGUUCGAUAAGUUGCUGGACCCAGUGGUUUUAAUUGUCUAUCCAGACAUACCCUAGACUGCUGCUGAGGCAGGGAAGGGGAUUUUAUUCUUAUGUGUAUGAGCACAGCUUCAGUGUACUGCUAAAUGUUGGCUGCUAGCACUGACAGCUCCCAAAUCUUUUAUUACUGCAAAUGACAGAGACUGUGAGCAAAGGAUCUGCCUUCCACACUGAAAUGAUGAGCCCAGUGGGCUGCUUGGUUCUAGACCAAGCCUUCAAAGGCCUGGAAUUCUUCUUCCCAGCCCACAAACCACCUGUAUGUGUUUUAAGCUGUCUGCAGUCCUGGAGCCUUUGAGAUAGGAAUUGGAUCUUGUUUACCGAUGAAGUGCUUUCAGACUUGUUGCCUUUUGCCUCUUCCUCCCUCCGACAUGACCCUGGGAGGGGAGCAGCAGUGUGUAUUUAGUAGUGGAGAAGCUUCUUGAAGCUGAAUUCUGGGGCUCCAAAUACCUUGGUGUUCAGAAGCUGUGAGCUGACUUGCUGUUGAAAAGAGUCAAGAGUGCAGAACACUCCUUUGUGUCUGGUAACUGGAUCCUGUGGACAUACAGCAGGAUGACGUGCUGAUGUCUUUCUUCCCUGGCCAUAGCUUAUCUGCAAUGUUGUGCUGAUAGCCCCCAAGCUGCUGAACACCAGGUAACUGUGACUGACCAAAAAGCUGCUGGUUUGGCCGUUUUAAGAGCCUUCUAUGAUUUUAAUGCUCUGUCUGGACAGAGUACAUGGUGAUUGAUUGUAUGGUGAAGCUGACUUACAGAGCAAUACAUGUGGGAAAAGAUGUUUGCCAUGGAAGGAAUAAAAAGAGAAUUCUUAACCUCCUUAGUUUUAUAGAGGUUUUCCUAAGUCUUGUCUGAUGUCAACUUUUCUGCCCUUAACCUUCUUGUUGAGGUCAGUAGCUCAGCCUCUGUAGCCUUGUGACUGGAGUUAACCACUGCACUCUUUGGACCUGCUGGGAGCAGGACUGUGCAGCACUGAGGAUGAACACCAGCAGUGGGUGUGCAGCAGCCUGUGCCCUGGGCUGAGCUGGUGGCUGCAGGAAGGUUGGAGGCAGAAAUAAAACAGUUAUGAAGAUGUAGUGGAGGUGCUUUCUGAACUGCCAUCUCUUGCAUUACUGCAAAGCCCUGGCAGUGGGUACGUCAUUCACCUUCUUUGGUCAGAAAAGUACAAGACUCAAUCACUGCCCUGUUAGCUCUAAAACAGCGAUAAGAAACAACACUGCACUUGGACCUUCCUUUGAGAAAUUACCUGGGAACUGGGUGGUUACUGAUAGAUUGAAGCAUGCAGAUGCUCAGCCCAGCCAGGCCUUCACCUUCCCUAAAUAGCAAGCUUGGUGGCCUCUUGCACUGAGCCUUGGCAGGGUGGCUGGAAGCCCUGCAAAGUGCCUCGCUGGUGGCCUUGCCAGCACAGCAUGACGAGGCAGCUUUGUGGGACAGCAGCGCCAUCUCGAGUCACCACCUCCAGCCAGCCUCCUGUGGGCAGUUGAGAUGCCACUCCACUCCAUGGUACCUUUUAGCCUUCAGUCACUCGUUUGCAAAUGACUUGCCACUUGAGCAUUUUACACAUCUGUGGAAUUUUUUAAUGUGUUGCCUUUUAUGAGAUGUUUGUUCCAAGACAGCCUUAUUGCCUGCUGUCCACACUCUACUCUUCUAGAACUCCUUUUUUUUUGUUGUUGGCCUCUAGAUUUGGUGAUUUAGUGACCUUCCAGCUUUUUCUUUCUUUUGUGCUGAGCAAUAAUUUAAGUGAGCAGACUUUUGAUUCAUUUUCCUGUCUCAAGUACACGUUCAGAAAUCUACCAGCAGUAGUACAACUUGCUUAGAUUUCCAGAGGGCUUUCUGCAGAUUUCUGCAUUUCAUAUUACUUCUAAAUAUUUUGAGAAGAUUCCUGCUCUUGCACCAAGAUAUUUGUGAUGUGACAAUGACAGAUUAAAUAGCUCUUAGUAAGAACUCAGGCAGGUGAGUGUCUGAGAUAGAGUCCUCAGGCUCACAAUGUCUUAAAAUAGAGACAGCUGUUGGAGGGUGUCUGUGCUAACUCAGCAUUACUGCCACCUCAGUUUCAGAACACUGAAUGUGAUAUCUUCCACUCUUACAUCACUCCUCUCCCUGAUAUAAAUGUCCUUGCAAAAUGGUGGCAUACAGAGUGGCAUGUUUUCAUGAAGUGGCACUGGAGAUGGUGCUUCUUUGGAAGUAUGUGCAGCUCAACAAAGAACACCCUUUUAUUCCUGCCAUCUACCUCCCUGCUGCAGUUUCCAGAUCCUGCCCUUUAUUAGGAAUAUCCCUUAAUCCAGUUUUGUCUGACAAGAUAGUGGAUAUAUGUGGUUGAUGUCCCUGCUGGUGUGCCAUGGUGUUUAGAAGCUGCUGGUCAGCUGUGAGGAGUAGAGUUCAUGCCUUUGAGCCAGUUGCAGGCUCUGUUUGCAGACUGGCAGGAAAGCGUGCCUUUGGCUUGCAGUCAGGACUAGUGGAUACACAACAAAGUUUCAGCUGUUCAGGGUUGGCCAGACACACAGGAGUGCUUGCUGGUGGUGUGAAGUCAAACUGGGAUUUAUUGGUGCAGAACAUAGUGAGGAAUAGAAGUAUAAUUGUAUUUUUAAAAGAGGAGCUGGUUAAGCAAUGGUCUGAUGCAUCCAUUAACUCAGGGAGAUUUUAAGUUGCUGUAAAUAAGAAAGUUAUGCCAAGGAACGAUUACUUUUCUACGUGCUCUGUCUCUCAAGAAGUGGUCAAAGAUGGAGAAAAUAGAUGCUGGGCUAGGUGAAACACUGAUCUGAUCUUGUGGGGUUUAAUUUACUCUGCCAGUUGUGAACCAAACUAAUUUUAAAAGCAGUCUCAAAUUUAUCAAACCUCUGUAUCUGCAUGCAAGCUCUGCAAAUACCCCACUGAUUGUGGCAUAACUAAUGUUGUACACCCAGCAGGGGUGAGCCCCUCAGAGGACAGAGCAUUAUGGUUUCAGCCUCUUCUAAAUGUUGUCCUCUAAAUGUUGUCUUGCACAGUGCAGAAGCAAACACUGUUGGGAUGGUCCUGUUAUACAUGAUUGCUCAUGGGCAGUUUGCCUUGUUCUUUGAUGCUUAUGGAAAUGUAAUUGUGGAUUGCUUACAUUUGGAGUGGAAAUCAGCAGUGCUGCUUUCUAGCCAAGGGAUGCAGGACCAAGAAAAUUCCUGGUGUGCUCUUCUAUGUGCGUGAGCCACCUUGUGGAAAAGAAAAUUAAAUGGGCUACCAAAGACUAGAGAGCCACAGCAAUUUAAAUCAAUAAUGCAUUUACCUGUAUAGCUGAAAUAUAGGUCAAUGUGUUUAACUACCUUUAUAAUUCCAAAAUGAUAGAAUUUGUAGUGUUUUGUUGUUUGGUUUUUUUUUUUUUUAGUGCCCCUUGUACUCCCCCCUUACCCUCAUUCAUAUGAGAAGUAUAAAGUGGUGGUCAUAGGAGAAGACCUCGUGUACUCUGUAGAAACAUCCCCAACUGAAUGUAAUGAAGUAGAAACCUGAUCUAUGAGUACUUGCUGUUUGUAGGAGCCCUCAGUCAAGGGUGUUGCUGUGUGAAGGUGAUUGCACCUUCUGGAAGCAUAGCUCCCAGGCUUUGACAGGCUCUCACAUGUAUUUAAUAUGCAUCUGUAUUGAAAAAAUAAAAUUAACAGAGUGAGGAAGAGAGAGAUGCCAGCUUUUUCCUUUCACUACUCUGUCAGUACCUAAGCACCAUUGGCACAGUCUUCAUAGCACUAAUGCAAUGACGCUAUCAACAGCAGCAGAGAAGAAAAUCUGUGCUGUUUCGCUUGAUAGGACACACAACUUUAUUCAGGUACUGUCAGCCAGCUGCAGCAUGUGGAUCCUUGAGCUGAAACUGGACAAAGGUGUCUGGGGGGGGGAAAAAAAGGGGGCAAAUCUUGCUGCGACUCCAU